AUGGGAAAACUCAUCAAGAAUCACUGGGCUCGCCUCAUCAUCUUGAGCGCUGCAACAUACCAAAUUUUCGCUGCCAUUGAGUGCUUCCUUUGGCCCAAGAUCUUCUGGGACUUCCUCACACGCUCACUGGACGGCGCCGUCAAACCAGUACCGGCUUUACAGAUAAUAAACCUGCUCAUGGGCCUGGGAAUGUUGGCCAUGGAGUGGCCUCUCAACUUUGUCGCCGGCUCAGCUCUUCACCGCUCGCUCGAAUUUCGUCUUGCGAUCCUUCCUCUUACGGCACUGAGUGCAGCUCUGAUCUAUCAAGGCACAAAUGCCGCAAUAUACUACGUGAUAGGCAUGUUCGUCUACUUCUGGGGUUAUAGUGAAGGAGAGAUCAUUUGUGCAAAGCCUUGGACUCUUCCGACUCGUGGACGCAGCGGUGGUGGCACUCGUGUUUAG